AUGGAUGUUUCGCGAAGCAAUUGGACAACAACUGAAGCAACAACAACCGGCUUUCCUCCUCUCGAGGAAGCGAACUCUACUGUUACGGGAACCACGACACACCCAGUGGCCUUCACAAUCAAGGACAGAUUCUCCGAUUUCGACGAUCUAUCUUCAUUCAGGGAUAUCUCAUCUGGCAUUGAUGAAAUGAAACAGCAACAAAAAAUCACCGAGGAGCCAGACCCAACCAUCACGGUACCUAUACCGUCCGAUGAUGAUCUUCAGAGGGCAAUCAUUCAAAAUAAGUCGACGGUACUCAACAGAUCAACUUCUAAGAACGUUAAACAGAAUAUUGUACGGUAUUAUGUGACGGUUACGAGGGCCCCAAGCUCACAAUACUCUGAAAACGCAACGACCACUUCAACAACGCAACCACCUUCGACUCCUACUACACCCCAAACUUCUACUACAACUACAAUGAAGAAGUCUGCUGUAUCGAGUUCGACCGCUGAACCGUCAAUAACGAUUCCUCUUCCUGAAAACACAUCCGCCGAACAAAAGUUGAAUGGAGUUUCGAGGAAGAGAACCAAGCCUCAUGUGACACCGAAUCCAAUAAGCAGCGUUUCUUCAACGUCAUCAAGAUCUACAACGGAUGACACUGCUGUUCCCAGCUCAGGAGAAAGCUUUCUUAAGUCCAAACAUGAUUCCACAAUGCAUGAAUCGAAUGUCACCAGCAUCACCUUGCCUUUAACCUCGGCUACUUUUAGUUCCAUGCGACAGCCUCCCCUUCCACGAUUUACAAGCUCACCACUAAUGAUUUCCUCGACAACGAAGUCCACGAAAAAGGUUUCUGUCUAUACCUUAAAGAGCAAUAUUUCGACUCUGUUCGAGGAGCAGAGAGCCCUUUUGACAUCACCUUUCAUUCCCCCUACGAAUACUCUGACGAACAAUGCAGAGGAGAACCUUCUUCCUGUAUCUACCACAGCUGACGCUUCUCUGCAUGAAGCGACCCUUCUUGCGCUGCCGUCAAACGUUCCUACUCAAGAGGGAGAGAACAGUGUCAUCUCUCUAGAAUCUUCCGGAACGAAAGGGGAUGAUAAAUCUGACUCGGUGGAAGGUGCAGACGGAAAUGUCGAUGAGCCUCGCUAUGUUACGGUCACAGUGCAGCCAAACAAAUUGAAAUUAUCGCCACGACAACGAAGAAAGCCUUCCAUGCCAUCUCCAGCGAAGUCGACUGUGCCAGACCUCUGGUGGACGCCCAAACCCAGUUAUUUAAUCAAUGGACUUUUAUCGACUAUCUCAUCCACUCACAAAACGCCUACUCCCUCCAAGGAACUUACAAGGAGAAAGAAGGUCACUUCCUUGACGAAGAGUGGAAAGGCUGACGAAGCUGCACGUGGGUUGUCUCCAUUAGUGCCACUUGCUCGAGCAUCAGCUGUGGGCCAGUUUAUCUACACGACUACGAUCCCGCCUGAAUUCGCUUCUAUUGAGCUCCACUCGACUAGUGGAUUUAACCACAGAAAAACGACACAUAUGAAUGUGCCCGAGUCCCACAUUCAGCAGUUGAAGUCUGAGCUCGAAUUCCUAGGCGUUUCUGACGGAGGGAAACCAUUUGCAGCCAUGGCUCCAGCAAGGCCUCCGAUGCAUUACGGCAGGGCGAGACGAAAGAUAGUACUCACAAAAGAGAAAAGAGAAAAAUCAGGUAUGCUACAUUAA